AUGUUGCAAUGCAUAGACAAUGAGACAAUCACAAUUGAGUCCGACACAUUCAACUUGGAGACCAGACGACAACUUCAGACCACUUUGAAACAACAUUUGUCGAGGCCAGCAAACGUCGACAAUGAAGGUUACCUGUCGGUAUUCAAAGAGUGGGCCAGCAAGAUUGUGAGAGUCGAAUUCCCAUCAGCAUUUCUCCAGACUGGAUUGGAGAUCAUUGAUGUUCCAGGCUUCAGCAUCUCUGACCAUGCAUCAUUGUUCAGCAUCCGAAAGCAAUUCCUCAAUGCUUAUCCACCCACUGGUGUCAUGUUUUGUUACGCCAACACGGCGUUCUCUGAUGGUGAGGUGUUGGCCUUGCCUGAUCUCAUGAACUCAUUGUCGAACGAUCACAAUGAUUCAAUGUUCUUUGUCAACACCAAGAGGUCCAAGAGUGAGGUGGCACUCAACAACAACGUUGAACAAGGUGACGAGAUCCCACUCGUGUUGAUGAACGCCUACACUGACAAAUGCUUCUCAAAGGUUGAGAAAUCGAUUCCCAAUGCAUCCAGAAGACGAUUCUCAAUCGUCAACUCAAUGGAUUUCAUCAAACAAUCUAAGUCAGUUGAGACGAGAUAUAUGUUCAAUCAGUUCAUCGACCAACUGAUCAAGUGGAUGGCAAAGAUGUUCCAACAACAAGGUCACACAUUACUAAGGAUGAUCGAAAUCGAGUUUCGAGCUCCAUCAAUAUAA